AUGCCUCACACCAUCGAGCCCUACAACGCCCAAUGGCCCUCACAAUACGAGCACAUAAUCCGCGACCUCACUCGCGCCCUCCCCAACAACACAGACAUCGUAUUCACCCAUAUCGGCAGCACAGCCAUACCCCAGCUCCCUAGCCGCCCUAUAAUCGACAUCCUCCUCACCGCCCCCGCAUCCCUCAUCGCCACCCUCUGGGCCGCUCUCGAACCGAACUACACCCCCUCCCCCGCCCACCCCCCAUCCCACGGUAUCGCAUUCACCCCCACCUCCCCCGAGCACGCCCACACGCUGUACCUGUGCGCCUCCACCUCGUUGGCCGCACACACGCACCUCGCCGUGCGCGCCGCACUCACCUCGACGCCCUCUCUGCGCACCGCGUACGCGGCGCUGAAACACACCGCUCGUGACGCUGCCACGUACGCCGCCCAAAAACAGGACUUUCUGGGCUCCCUUGCGCCCGCUACCGCUGCGCCGCACUACUUUCACCCCGUGACCACGUCGCGCCUCACGCUGCGCGAGUACGUCCCUGAUGAUGUGGAUGCGGUGUUCGAGCUCGAGAGCUGUGCGGAGAAUGCGCGGUUCCAGUCGUGGGCGCCGUGGACGCGGGAGGGCGCGAGGGGGACCGUGGUGUGGGAGAUGCAGCGGGGGUUUGCGGAGGAGAGGGAUGUGGUGGACGUGGCUGUUGUGUGUGAGGGGGAAGGGGGUUUUGUGGGGAGGGUUGGCGGGAAGGUGGGCGACGCGGAGACUGGGCGCGUGGAGAUGGGGUUCGACGCGCCAGCGCGCGCGCAUAUCGAUCUCUGGUACUCUUUUCUUCCGCGCGCGCAGGGCAAGGGGCUGGCUACUGAGGCUGUAAGGGCGCUUAUUGCGGCGUUCACGGAGCGCGAGAGGACGAACAACACCACCACGCUAGAAUUCGAGAUCGAAUGUGACCCCCGCAACACCGCGAGCUGGCGUCUAGCAGAGCGUCUGGGGUUCUCGAAACACAGUCUGACCGAGCGCGCGUGGGAGUGCAAGGGCGAAUGGGUUGGGUCGCUUGUGUAUCGGAUGGUUGAUGACAGCGUGUAG